AUGACCGAUAUAGUGGCACCAGUGCUGUCCACUUACCAAGAUGACUCAACCUUCUCGUAUGAAAAAUAUCAAGAUGUUGCCAAAGAAAGAGCAUAUUUAGGACCAAAUCAAGAUGCAAAUAUUAGAGAUUUAUUGACUGAUUAUUACUCUAUUAAUGAACUGAUAAAGCAUUUAGGUCAGAGGGAUGAAGAAGGGAAUGUCAAAUUUAAAAAGAUUACAUUACAGUUUCCUGAUGAAUUAGUGGCUGAUGCUGCUAUAGUGGUUCAACUACUACAAGAAGGGCUUUCAGAAUUGAAUAGAGCAUUUGAACCAAAACAAGUUGAAAAGAGUGUUAAAGUUGAAGAAAGUCACGAGCAUAGUGAAAAGAAGGAUGAUUGUAAACAUUCCUGUUCAGGAUGUGAAUGUAAGGAUCCAUUGUCAAAAGGUAACAAAACUGAUAAUACCCAACAAGUUUGGAUUUUAGCUGAUACCGCUUAUAGUCCAUGUUGUAUUGACGAGGUUGCUGCUGAACAUGUUCUAAGUGAUAUCGUUGUUCAUUUUGGAGAUGCUUGUAUGAAUGCCAUUCAAAAAUUACCAGCAGUUUAUGUUUUCGGUAAACCAUACCUAGAUCUGGAUGUUGUCGUUAAUAAAUUCAAAGAAACUUAUCCAGAAAAUGACUCCAAAAUUGUCUUAAUGGCAGAUACUUCAUAUACAAGACAUUUACCUGAAUUAUACAAUAGGUUGAAAGAAACAUACAAAAACAUUGCAUAUACGGAUUUAUCCCCAGAAAGAGCUUCAAAUGCUAAGAUAAUAGGUUUCAAAUCCACUAAACAAGAAGGUAUAAUACGAUUCUCUAACAGGAAACUAAUAUCCGAAUCAAAUGAAUCAAUUGAUGAAGAUCAACUUCAAGAUUACAAUUUAUUCCAUAUCAACAUCCCACAACCACCACAUCUAUUAUAUUUGAGUACUAAGUUCAGCUCUGUUACGUUAUUUAACACAAGUAAUAAUAAGACAGAUCAAGGACCAUUCCCAUCAUUAAUGAAAAGAUAUCGUUAUAUGCACGUCGCUAGAACAGCAGGGACUAUAGGUAUUUUAGUUAAUACUUUAUCAUUAAGAAAUACAACAGAUGUUAUCAAGAAAGUUUCUACAAAGAUAAAAGAUGCUGAUAAAAAGUACUAUAUGUUUGUUGUUGGUAAACCAAACGUUGCGAAAUUAGCAAAUUUCGAGUCUAUCGACGUUUGGUGUAUAUUAGGUUGUGGUCAAGGUGGUAUAAUUAUUGAUAAUACGAACGAAUUUUAUAAACCAAUUGUUACACCAUAUGAAUUAGAAAUGGCUUUAAGUCCAGAAUUACAAUGGACUGGUAAAUGGGUCACAGAAUUUGAUAAAGUUAUGAAUGAAGAUGAAGAUGCUGAUGAAACUGAAGAAACAGAGGCAAAUACAUCAGUGGAUGAAAGAUUAGAAGGCGAAGAUGAGGCUCCAGAAUUUAAUCCAGUCACAGGUAAAUAUGUUAGUAAUUCAAGACCAUUGAGACAAAUUCAACAUUUAGAGAUUGAUUCAGUUGAUAAAUCAAAUAACGAGAAUCAAUUAGUCAAGAAAUUCUCACAAGCGGUUAGUAUCAAAGGUACAAUAUCCACAUCAGCUAUACAUUUACAAAAUAGAGAAUGGACUGGUCUUGGUAGUGACUAUAAUAAUGAGGAAAUUGAUCAAGAAGGUGCACUUGUGGAAGAAGGUAGAGAUGGUGUUGCUCGUGGUUACAACUUUGAUGUUAAAGGAGAACAUUAUAAUGAUGAGAAUCAAGUGGUGAUAGAACUGCCCAUGGAUUACAGCUAUAAGUAUCAACAAGCCAAGUAUAGAGUACAAAUGGAAAAAUUAUCACCAGAGCUAGUUCAAGUUAAAGAUGCUCUUGAGAAAAGUUCAGAUUUGGGGAAUGCAAACGCAAGUUAUAUCUUAGCAGAUCUAAAUCUAUAUGGAAAUCAUAGUUACCCAAAAAAUGGAAGUUUAGCUUUGAAAUAUUAUGAAAAGGGUGUUUCCAUUGCACCAAAUGCUAAUGCUUAUUUUAUCCUAGGGUUCAUUUACUCAACGGGGCUUUUUGGUGAAGUGGAACAAAAUCAAGCUAAGGCUAAUAUGUAUUAUAAAUUUGCAUUCGAUUUAGGAGAUCUUAGAGCUGGUAUGGUUCUAGGUUACAGACAUUUGAAGGGGAUUUCUGUACCAAUGGAUUGUGCCAAAUCGUUAUUCUAUUACGGAUAUGUUGCAAAUAAGCUAAUAGAUUAUGUCGAACAAGGUCCUAUUGGUGGUCCUAUAAUUGAUAGAUUUGCCAUAAGAAUUUCAGAUUUUCAAGGUGGGAUAUAUGGUAAAGGAGUUGGUGAAACUCAAAGUUCAUUAACAAGAAAAGCAUCAAGAUAUGACGAUCUUUUAGAUGUUGGAUCUCAAACUGCACAAGAAUCAUUUUAUGCUACUAGAUUUUAUAAAAUUUUGUACUAUUAUGAAGGAAGUUAUUUGGUUCCUAAAAAUCAUACUCGCGCAAUGAGACUAUCUAAAUAUGUUAUGGAUCAAGGUAUGAAAGAAUUGGGGUCAUUAAGUCAUAUGGAAUCAGUUUAUCUGUCAAGAUGUAUAUAUCAAAUUGGUUUAAUGUAUUUGAGAGGGGAAGGGGUUGAACAAGAUUUUGAUGAAUCAAAGAAGUAUUUAGAGCAAUCGCUAGAAAUUUUUAAAAAUUCAUUAACACAAAAUGCAUUGGGAUUACUUUAUGAAUAUGGGCCACCGCAUCUUCAAAACAUGUCGAAGGCUCUUCAUCAUUAUGAGAUUUCUGCAAACUCCACAAAAGUUCCAAAUGCUAUGUUUAAUUAUGGAAGAUUAUUGAACUUGAAUGGUAAGAAAGAAGGUACUAAAUAUAUUAAAGCUGCUGCUUUCUCAGGUGAUUUACAAGCUAUUUAUUACUAUGGUAAAGAUCUGGAGAAUGACGGAUCUGAUUCGUGUGAUGAAAGUGUGAUGAGUUAUAAAGUUUUUAUUGAAUCAGUGGAGAAUGCUAUUUCAGAUCUUGAAUGGGCAUUUAUGGAAAUUGUAGAAGGAAGAUAUGAAAAUUCAUUGAUUGGAUAUGCAAUGGCUGCUGAACAAGGUUUUGAAUCUGCUCAAGCAUCUGCUGCGUAUAUCUUAUACCAACCACCAUCGUUAACAGAAGAUUCCCCAGUUAUUCCAAAAGAACGCAAAGAAUUAGCAUUAGCAUACUUAACGGGAUCAUCAAAUCAAUAUAAUGUUGAUUCUACUGUAUUAUUAGGUGAUAUUUAUUUUUCUGAAGGUGCAUAUCAAAAAGCUGCUGCUUGUUAUGAAGCGGCUACAAAUAGAUUAUCAAGUCAUGCAAGCUGGAACUUGGGAUGGAUGUAUGAAAAUGGAUAUGGAGUUGAACAAGAUUUCCACUUAGCUAAAAGAUUUUAUGAUUAUGCAUUAGUUGGACAUCCAAAAGCUUAUUUACCGGUUCAAUUGUCUUUAUUAAAAUUACGAUUUAGAAGUUUUUUGAAUAAAAUCACUGGUGGUAAAAUAAAGAGUAUAAAUACUGAUUCCAAAUCAAGAACUUGGUCAGAUUGGAAAGAAUUAUAUAAUAAGAUUAGAUCAAACAAUAAUAAUGAUGAAGAACCAGAUUAUGAAAAAGAAUUAUCAGAUCUUCAAACAAAUGGAAACUCUAAUAACAAUAAGAAUGUUCAAACAGAUGUUCCUGUGGGAGAAACUGAUGAAGAAUUGCUGGAAGGGGAUGAUUUCGCAGUGUUAUUGUUCUUUGUCAUUGUAUUUGCUGUAUUUUUAGCAUUACAUUUUUAUCAACAACGUCAAUUAAGACAACGUCGCGCAAAUGGCGAAGUCCCGCCAAAUGCUCCAAAUUUUGAAUUCAAUUUUCGUGUAACGAUUGGUAAUGCACAUGAUGAUUUAAUCCAUGAUGCUGUCUUGGACUAUUAUGGAAAACGUUUAGCAACUGCAUCAUCAGAUAAAACAAUCAAAAUAUUUGAAGUUGAUGGUGAAGAACAUAAAUUAAUUGAAACUCUAAGAGGACAUGAUGGUCCAGUUUGGCAAGUAUCUUGGGCACAUCCAAAAUUUGGUGUUAUAUUAGCAAGUGCCUCAUAUGAUGGUAAAGUUUUAAUUUGGAAAGAAGACAAUGGUAGAUGGACUAUUAUUUCUGAACAUGCAGUACAUCAAGCUUCAGUAAAUAGUGUUUCAUGGGCUCCUCAUGAAUAUGGUGCUCAACUAUUAGUCACUUCUUCAGAUGGUAAAAUUUCUAUUGUUGAAUUCAAAGAAGGUGGUACCACUUCUUCAAUUGUUAUUGAUCGUGCACAUGCAGUUGGUGUUAACUCUGCUACAUGGGCCCCACCAGUUUCUUCAAGUGAAGAUAAACAAAUUGAACGUAGAUUUGUUUCAGGUGGUUCAGACAAUUUAGUUAAAAUUUGGAAAUUCAAGCCAGAAGCUAAUACAUAUGAAAUUGAACAUACAUUAGAAGGACAUAGUGACUGGGUUAGAGAUGUUGCUUGGUCACCAUCUGUUUUAGUGCGUUCAUAUAUUGCUUCUGCCUCACAAGAUCGUACUGUAAUCAUUUGGUCUCAAGAUAUUUCAGGUGGUCCAUGGAAAAAACAAUUAUUACAAGAUGAAAAAUUCCCAGAUGUCGUUUGGAGAGCAAGCUGGUCAUUAUCUGGUAAUAUAUUGGCAAUUUCUGGUGGUGAUAAUAAAGUUACAUUAUGGAGAGAAAGUCUUGAAGGUAAAUGGGAAUCUGCUGGUCAAGUUGAUGAAUAA